AUGCCUGCCUCACUGCACCGUAACCCUCCCUUUCGUGCCGAGCACCUUGGCUCGCUCCUCCGGACGGACAAGCUCCUCGACGCUCGCCACGCGUGGGAGGCGGGCAAGGGAAGUGCCGAGGCCCUGCAAAAGAUCGAAGACCAGGACGUCAAGGACAUCGUGAAGGCGCAGCUCGACCUGGGCUACCACGCCAUCACCGACGGCGAGUACCGCCGGCACAUGUUCUGGGGUUCCUUCUGGCCCGGGCUGGAGGGCAUGAAGGAGAUCGACGAGCCCGACCCGGAGCUCUUCCGCAUGUACAUCCCCGACAUCGCGGCCUUCACCGAGGCAGGGUACAAGCCGGGCGAGACGGUCCUGUGCACGGGCAAGAUCAAGCACAAGGGGAGCACGUACACGGCGCAGUUCGACUACCUCAAGAGCCUGGUGCCCGAGGGCAAGUGGAAGGACCUCAAGUUGACCCUGGCCGCCCCGAACUGGUACCACCUGCGGUACAAGGAGGGCAAGGCGUACCCGAAGGACGUCUACAAGAACGACGACGAAUACUUUGCGGACGUGGCCAAGGCCUAUCAAGACGAACUGAAGAUUCUGUACGACCACGGAUUGAGAAAUGUCCAAUUCGACGAUCCAAACUUGGCUUAUUUCUGCUCCGAAGCCAUGAUAGAGGGUUGGAACAAGGACCCCCUCAACACCUACUCGACCGACGACCUCUUGGUGAAGUACAUUGACCUCUACAACGCCUGCGUCUCCGAGAUCCCUUCCGACAUGCACGUGGGUGUCCAUCUGUGCCGGGGCAACUUUGUCAACUCUCGACACUUUAGCGAGGGCGGGUACGACCGGAUCGCGACCAUGCUGUUCCAGAAACUCAACAUGCACACGUACUACCUGGAAUACGACACGCCCCGGGCCGGAGGGUUCGAACCGCUCCAGUACCUGCCCAAGAACAAGAACGUCAUCCUCGGCGUGGUGACGAGCAAGUUCCCCAAGAUGGAGGACGAAGGCGAGAUGGUGGCCCGGGUCAAGGAGGCCGCCAAGUGGAUCGCGAAGGGGACCGGCGAGAGUGAAAAGGAGGCCCUCAACCGCUGCGGUGUGAGCCCCCAGUGCGGCUUCGCCAGCCACUCCAGCGGGAACGCCGUCAAGCACGACGACAUGAUCGCCAAGUUGAAGCUCGUGAGGAGCAUCGCCGACAAGAUCUGGCCGGGUGAGCCAUGAGAACAACGAUGACGAUGACGAUGACGACGACGGCGGCGGCGGCGGCGCGCUGUCUUGUCUGGACCUUUGGUUUUUAUCAACAAAAGUAAAUUGUUUCAAAUUCACGAAAAUGAAAAACUGCAUAUAUAUACCCAUGGAAGAAUUCAACACUGAGGGGGGGAGAAUGGGUGAAACCCGAGGCACCUUUACGAAAUGUUGUUGGGUGGGAACUGCACUCAACGUGCAAAUUUAUGAGAUGAAUACAUAUUACAUAUACCCCGAGAUCAAAUUGAUCCUAUAACCAGCGUC